GUUGAACUAUAAAAAGCAGCACGCAAACCUCUAUUUAUCUGAUUACGUUACCAUAGUUACUUUCAUACAAACUAUUGUAUAGUAAACAUAUUAAACUAUACAUGAACCAAAGCUACGACUAGAAAUACACAUAAAUAUUUGUUAUUAAAUUGAAACGAUUAGUUUUUAGUUAUUUUUGAGUUGUUGAAGUACUUUUUUCUUUCAUUGAUUUAUUUUAAUAUAAAUAGUAAAAUGCGUCUAAAAUCAACAAUUUCAGAAGAUAAUAUAUCAUCUUCUGUUGAAUGCAUUUCUUGGAUUGGAAAUUAUGAAAUUUUGGUUGGAAGAGAUGAUUGUAUGUUGUAUAAAUGGAAUCAAACAACACGAGAACAAAUAAAAUUAUGUAGUUUGCCAGAAAAUUCAUCACCAAUUGACUUGGAUGUAAUAUUUACUAAUCAACGCCAAGCAAAUAAGGUUACCGGUUCAGAACAAAUUCUAUUAACUUCUUCAAAUGGCAGUCUUCAUUUAAUGAAUAAACCAACCAAAAUUGACAAAAGUAUUGAAGCCCACGAAGGGAAUAUUUUAGUUGGCAAAUGGAGUGCCGAUGGGUCUACUCUAUUUACAGCCGGAGAAGACGGUAGCAUAAAAAUUUGGUCACGCAUUGGCAUGUUAAGAACAAAACUUGUUGUCAAUGGUGAGCCAAUUAUAUCAGCUGAUUGGAAUUGUGAUUCGUCUAAAAUAGUUUAUACACAACAUGAUUCAAUAUGUAUAAAAUCAUUGAAGCCAAAUGUUAAAUCAAUAAGAGUUCGUGGACACGAUGGCAUUAUAUUAACUGUAUCAUGGUGCAAAGCCAACGACAUAAUAGUAUCAGGAGGUGAAGAUUGUUGUUAUAAGAUUUGGGAUUCUUAUGGAAAUUCAGUGUAUGUAAGUGAAAUUUUAAAGUAUCCAGUCACUUCGACAAGUUGGAAAGCGGAUGGUAAAUUAUUACUCAUUGGGUCGUUCAAUACUAUUUUACUCUGCAAUCGAUACGGAGUAAUUCAAUCGAUUAACUAUACGGAUUGCGGAAGUAUUCGUAUGUUUAGUUGGUCUCCGGAUAAUACUCAAAUUGCAGCAGCUUGUGCCGAUGGAAAACUGUUGAUUUCUACAAUUAUAAAUAGAAGCUACUAUUACAAAAAUAUACAAUGUUUGGUAAAGUCCCGUAAAACAAUGACAGUCAAAGAUAUACUAAACGAAACGAAAGAAAAUCUUGAUUUCCCCGAACGAAUCAUUCAAGUUGUGUUGAACCAUAAUAACUUAGUGGUUACAACAUGUUCGCAAUGUUUCCUGUACAAGAUACCUAACUUUAAUACUCCACAGAUCAUCAGUUUAAAAGAUCAAAACGUUCUUCGAGUACUUUUAACAGAUAGAUACUUUUCUAUAUUUAUGAAUUCGGCUGUAAAUGUCUAUUCGUACGAUGGGAAAUUGGUAUCAAGUCCCAAAUGGCCGAACAUGCAAUGCGACCGAAUUCAAGAAAACUACGUUUCCAUGUCUAGUAAACUAUUGGCCAUUAGAGAUCAAUUAAAUGACAAAAUGGUUAACAUGUGUGAGGUUGUUCCGUCCAAUUUGCUACCAGUUUUUAAACAUGAAUCGCCUAUUAACAGCUUACAAUUGAUGAACACUAAAGAUAAAAACUAUUUAGCAAUCAUCGACUCAAAUUUGAAUAUUUGUGUCAUUCAAGUUGAAAAGAAUGACUCUUACAAAAUGUUUAAAUUAGGUUCAAUGUUUAAUGGAAUGUCUUGGAAUGAACAAUUGGGAUCUUUAGCAGCUUUGCAAUAUACAAAUUUAAUUGUAUGGUAUGACCCUUUGUUGCUUCUCAAUGAUCCGAUUCUCACACGAAAAAGUAUAGAGAAAAUUGAUUUAAGUAUUUAUGGUUCCAACUUAGAAAUCGAAUCCUUCGAAGAUAACUUAUUAAAUUUAACUAAUGAAGAAGGUAUUAGAGUAACUGUUCAAAUAUCUCCUUACUUGGAAAGCUUGAAAAGUUUUAUAAGUAAAAGUAAAUGGAUGGAAUGCCGUACCUUAUGUCGCUCUAUAAAUAAUGAAGCGUUAUGGGCAGUACUGGCGGGUUAUUCUGUUUUGGAUAAGCAAUUGGACACAGCCGAAGAAUGUUUUAUUUCGAUUGGGUACAUGGAACGUGCAUCAUUUAUUCAACAUUUAAGGAAAUCAUCUGAUAGAACGAUUAACGAGUCUUCGCUAGCUUUACUUUGUGGGAAUUUAAACGAAGCCGAGACAAUACUACUUAGAAGUGGAUCCACCCUUAAAGCCAUAAUGUUUAAUAUAAAAAUACAUCAAUGGGUAAGAGCAUUAGAAUUAGCAUUAAAACAUAAACGUUUUUUAAAUGUCGUUAUAAACGAACGUCGAAAGUAUUUAGAAUUAUUUAAAAAACCGGAGAACAAUGAGAAAUUUUUGAAAUACUCUGAUGUGGUAGUUGAUGAUGACGAUGAAACUGUAAAAGAAGUCGAAAAGGAAAUUCUUUACUCAACGCUUAUUAUUUAAUAUAUCUUUGUUUUUUAUAAUAAUAGUUAAUAAAUACAUUUUAAACAGAAA